GUCUAUUGGUGAUUUUUGUGAAUGUUAGUGUGCGGGGAUGUGCGUGCGGAUUUUUUUUAGUGUUAAUGUGCUUGUGUCUCGAUCGUGAGUGAAUGUGUAAAUGAAAAUUCACUUGUGGCUGAAAUGAGCCAAACGGCGACAGACGACAGCAUGAGCGACGAUGUGUUUGAGGAGCCGACGUUGCGUGCGCCUGCGCAGCGCGGCACGCCGUCACCGACAGGCUACAGAGACUACCAGCCUACAGACACGCCGAUCAAGACUGUUCAUGAAGACGAUGUGCCUAUACACAAGACUAUACUUCUGGGCGACAGUGGCGUCGGGAAAACGUCGCUUCUAGUCCAGUUCGAAACUGGCAAGUUCCAGGCGGGGAAUUUCUCGGCCACCGUUGGGAUCGGUUUCACGAACAAGGUAGUCACGGUCGACGGCAUCAAGGUAAAACUUCAGAUUUGGGACACCGCGGGGCAGGAGCGCUUUCGGAGCGUCACGCACGCAUACUACAGAGACGCACAUGCGUUGCUGCUGCUGUAUGACGUCACGAACAAAACCAGCUUCGACAACAUUCGGGCCUGGCUCGGGGAGAUUCGGGAGUACGCGCAGGAUGAUGUCGUUAUUAUGCUAUUAGGUAACAAAUCCGACAGCGGCCUAGAGAGGGCAGUAAGAAGGGAAGAGGGGCAACGCCUAGCCAGAGAAUACCAAGUCUCCUUCAUGGAGACCUCAGCAAAAACCGGCUUGAACGUCGAAGCAGCUUUCGCCCACGUGGCGAGGGCGCUAGUGGCUAAGGCGAACCCCGCUGAUCCUAACCGACUUGCUGUGAGGGCACCGCCGGUACAAGAGCAGCGGUCAUCAUGUCCACCUUGUACUUAAAAGUUCUAAAUUUUAGAGCUGAUAUUUGUCUAUCUACAAAACUUAACUGUGCAUUAUGUCGCUUUUGUAAAGACUUCUGUGAAAAGUUGAAGUUGGACGAUGUUCGCCCAUGUGGUGAGGGCACUAGUCGCUAAGAGAACCCCCACUGACGUCAUCCGACUUGCUGUGAGGGCGGUCGUCGUGUGCACCCUGUACUUAAGACUUCUAAAUAUGUAUUUAGAGCUGAUUUGUCUCUCUACAAAACUUGACUGUGCAUUAACUCGCUUUUAUUCUGUGGAAAGUUGAAGUUGGACGUUCGCCCAGGUGGUGAGGGCACUAGUCGCUAAGACAACCCCCGCUGACGUCAACCGACUUGCUGUGAGGGCACCACCAGUACUAGAAAAGCGGUCGUCGUGUGCACCCUGUACUUUUCCCCUCACUAGCUCGGAAACACGUGUUUUGUCCUUUAA